AUGGGUUUUGCAGCCAAGUGGAUCAGAUGGGUGAAAUUUUGCAUUAGCACAGUCAAGUUUUCUGUUUUAGUCAAUAGAACUCCCAGUGGCUUCUUUCCAUCCCAAAUGGCACUGAAACAGGGUGACCCCCUGUCACCCUUCUUAUUCAUCUUAGCCAUGAAAGGCUUGAAUAACUUGAUUCAGACAGCAAAGGUGAAGAGUUGGGUAAGGAGCUUCCAGGUGGACAACAGUGCACUAAAUGGCUUGGAGAUCACUCAUCUGCAAUACGCGGAUGAUACUCUUAUUUUUUGUGAAGCAGUGAGAGAGCAAAUGUUGAUUCUAAGAGUAAUAUUCAUCUUCUUUGAAGCAGUCUCUGGAUUUCACAUCAACUGGGGAAAGAGCUUCAUUUAUCCCAUAAAUUAG